GUGCGCUUUGUAAUGGUGCGCCCACUGCAACGCGAGGGAAAUCUGCUCAAAUGGUUCGAUGCGGACAGUCUCAGCAGCGGGCUGUGGUGCUGCGAUGGUGCGUCUCUGGUAAUCUGAGGAAAAACCCGCGAAAUUAAAUAGAGUGGUGACUUUUUUAGACGACCCGUAUGAGGAUUUAAAGGCGUUUGGACUCUCGCUUUGCGCUUGCUGUGUGUGUGUGCGUGUGCGUGUGUGUGUUUCCCCCUCCGCCUCAGAGACCAAGCGCGGGAAAAAGCCGCUGAGGCGUCGACCAAAAUGGCUCCUCGUUCGCUUCUCCUCCUCGUACCAGCUCUCUGGCUGUUUCUCGUCCUGAAUGGCGGAUGGUGCUUGAACGGCGACGAAGACCGCUCGCAAGACGCCGAGUGUAAGAUGAAGAGCGUGACCGUAUCGGCGCUUCCUUUCCUGCGGGAGAAUGACCUGAGCAUCAUGCAUAGCCCGUCGGCCUCGGAGCCCAAGCUGCUCUUCUCGGUCAGAAACGAUUUCCCCGGUGAUGUGGUGGUGGUGGACGACCUGGAGAACACCGAGCUCCCAUUCUUCGUGCUGGAGAUCUCAGGGAAUUCAGAGGACAUCCCGUUGGUUCGCUGGAGGCAGCAGUGGCUGGAGAAUGGCACUCUGCUUUUCCAUAUCCACCAUCAAGAUGGAAGUCUGAACCUUCCUGGGUUGGCCACCACUGAGGACCCAGCCAGCGACACAGCCGAGGAAGAGCUCCGCAUUCUGCACAUCUCUGUGAUGGGUGGUAUGAUCGCUCUGCUGCUCUCUAUCCUGUGCCUAGUGCUGAUCCUGUACACGCGCCGACGCUGGUGCAAGCGGCGGCGUGUGCCUCAGCCCCAGAAGAGCGCAAGUGCUGAGGCAGCCAACGAGAUCCACUACAUUCCCUCCGUGCUGAUGGGUGGACAGGCACGUGAGAGCCUGCGUAACUCGCGUGGUCAGGGCCACAACUCCAGCGGCACGCUCAGCAUCCGAGAGACACCCAUCCUAGAUGGCUAUGAGUAUGACAUCACUGACCUGCGACACCACCUGCAGCGUGAGUGCAUGAAUGGUGGUGAGGAUUUCGCCAGCCAGGUGACACGAACGCUUGACUCACUGCAGGGCUGCAAUGACAAGACCAACAUAGACCUCACCCCUGGGAAUGACAAUACAAAACUGUCCCUAAUGAGCAAGUACAAGGAUAACAUCAUAGCUACCAGUCCUGUUGACAGCAAUCACCAGCAAAACACGCUCCUCCCACACACCACCUCCACGAACCAGCGCAAGCGUCUGUCCAGCAAAACGCGCGCGGGUUCAGCUUUCCUGAACCCGGACGGGGAUUCGGGCACUGAGGCAGACAGUGAGCCGCAGCUCACCUUCUACACCGACCCCAACCGCAGCCGCCGGCGUAGCCGAGGUAUGAGAAAUGGUAACGUCAACCCAGCGUGGGGCUCUGGGGGCUCCCCACGUAGCCCCAUCAAUAAGACCACCCUGACUUUGAUCAGUGUGGUGAGUUGUGUGAUCGGUCUGGUCUACUCCUCUCACCUCUCCUGUGGCCUCAACGUCCGAGUUAUUCUCCAUGUCCCCGAGCACCUCAUCGCAGACGGCUCCAGGUUCGUGCUGCUGCAAGGCAGCCAGCUGGAUGCCUCCGACUGGCUGAACCCAGCUCAGGUGUUGCUAUACUACCAGCAGAAUGCCAGCGGGCCCUGGGUUAACGAACUGUGUGGCCGCCGCCUUCUGGACCCCUGUGAACACCAGUGUGACCCAGAUACAGGUGAAUGCCUCUGUUUCGAUGGAUAUAUGAAGGAUCCUGUUCACAAGCAUCUUUGCAUUCGCAAUGAAUGGGGCCCAAAUCAAGGUCCUUGGCCCUAUACAAUUUUUCAGCGUGGUUUUGAUUUGGUGAUGGGAGAGCAACCCUCUGAUCGUAUCUUCAGGUUCACCUACACUCUGGGAGAAGGCAUGUGGCUGCCACUGAGCAAAAGCUUUGUCAUUCCCCCGGCUGAGCUGGCCAUCAACCCUUCUGCCAAGUGCAAGACGGAUAUGACUGUCAUGGAGGACGCUGUGGACGUCAGGGAAGAGCUGAUGAUCUCCUCAUCCUUUGACAGUCUAGAGGUCCUGCUGGACUCCUUUGGCCCUGUACGGGACUGCUCAAAGGACAAUGGGGGCUGCAGCCGUAACUUCCGCUGCAUCUCCGACCGAAAGCUGGAUUCCACUGGCUGCGUGUGCCCUCCUGGUUUGAGCCCAAUGAAGGAUGGCACAGGUUGCUAUGACCACCACAUUGGCAUCGACUGCUCAGAUGGAUUUAAUGGAGGCUGUGAGCAGCUGUGUCUUCAGCAGCUAGCACCCCUGGAGGAGGACCCCACACUUUACAAUAUCCAGAUGUUCUGCGGCUGCAUCGAGGAUUAUAAGCGAGGAGCAGACGGCCGCUCCUGUCUGCCGCUGUCUGAAGCCUGUACCGAGGGAGUAGACUGCGGAGAGGCGGCUGACAUCCCAGCCAACCAGACCGUGUUUGGAGAUCUCUUCUACGGCUAUGACAACCGCACCAAAGAGAUCAUGUCAGGCCAGAUCCUUAAGGCCACCUUCAGGCAGAAAAACUUUGCUCGUGGUAUAGAGCAGCAGCUUCCGGAUGGCAUGGUUGUGGCAUCAAUUCCCAAUGAGGCGCAGUGCCACGAGGACCUGUCGGACCCAGUUCCUGAUCCGGAGUAUCUGACUGGGAUGGUAAACUACAGUGAGGUGUCUGGCUACCCACUCGUCCAGCACUGGAAACUUCGUUCCAUUUUGUACCAUGUGAAGCUCAAUCAGUGGGUCCUGUCUCAAGCCUUCAGUUCAGCCAUCCGGUCUUUGGAUGGUGCCACCCUGCGCAGUGAUUUUGUGUCUAUUCUGAAGGAGUUUGGUAACCAUUAUAUCCAGGAGGCAGUGUAUGGCUUCGAAGAGUCUUGCACCAUCUGGUACCCCAACAAGCAGGUGCAGCGCCAGCUGUGGCUAGAGUAUCAGGACAUCAGCAAAGGCAACUCUCCAUCGGAUGAGUCAGAGGAGCGGGACAAAGAGCAGCGGACCCUCACCUACCCAGCCUACAUCGCCAGCCUGCUGGACUCGGGGGCCAAGCGCAUGGCGGCGGGGGUGCGCAUGGACUGCAGCAGCCAGGGCCAGUGCCCGGUCUCCUGCCACCUCUGCCACAUGAGCCCUGGGCCCCCGCGGCCUGCAGAGCCUGUGCUGCUCCAGGUCACCAAAGCUGCACCCAUUUAUGAGCUUGUCAACAACAAUGAAACCUACCAGGCUCUGCAGGAGGCCAUGAUGAGCAUGCUGUGGUGCUCAGGGAAAGGCGAUGUCAUUGAUGACUGGUGUCGCUGUGACUCCAGUGCCUUUGGCGCUGAUGGACUGCCAACUUGUGCCCCACUGACCCAGCCCAUGCUCAAACUGUCUCACUUAUAUGAGCCCAGCAGCUCAUUGGUGAUUGUGGAAUGGAGUCACGCAGAACCGCCUAUUGGAGUUCGCAUUGUUGACUAUCUCAUCAGUCAGGAGAAAGUAACAGAGAGAACUGAUCAUACCAAAGUUGAAACAGAGACUAUGCUGAGCUUUGUAGAUGACAUCUUGUCUGGUGCCAAGUCUCCAUGCGUAAUGCUGGGGGACGUCCCUGAUCCCUUUACUUCCAUUGCCAUGAUCAUACGCUGCCUUGAGCCUGACACAACGUACAUGUUCAGACUAUGGGCAGUGGACAACACAGGCCGGCGGUCCAGCCCCAGUGAGGUUACCAUCAAAACGCCCUGUCCCGCAGUUGAUGAUGUGAAAGCACAGGAAAUAGCAGACAAAAUCUACAACCUGUUCAAUGGCUAUACGAGUGGGAAAGAGCAACAAACAGCCUACAACACACUGAUGGAUCUUGGCUCACCAACACUGCACCGUGUGCUGUAUCACUACAACCAGCGCUAUGAAAGUUUUGGAGAGUUCACCUGGCGCUGUGAGGAUGAGCUCGGGCCCAGAAAAGCCGGCCUGAUUCUGUCGCAGCUUAAUGACCUCAGCAGUUGGUGUCGAGGGCUUCUCCAAGAACCUAAAAUUGGCUUGCGCAGAGCAUCUCUCAAAUACCUGUCCUGCCGUUACACAGACACCAAGGCAUUCGGUCUCAAUUGGGUGGACCUUGGCCAAGACUUGCGCAAGGCCUGCGAUGAGCAAAUGCUGCCUGUAAUGUAUAAUGACUAUGGGGAACCUAAAGAACUCUGAAUGUAAACAUGGACAAUAAGGGACUCUGGAGUCCGCAGCAGGAGUCUCAUCUUUUAUUCUGGUUCUUUGUCUCCUCUCUAAGACACUACAGCUAAUAUUCUACUCUGUUUGUCAUGUUCCUUCUCAAUCAGUUGAAUUUAUUCAUUUGAUAAUUGUUGGUUGAUCAACCUAUACAGGAAUUGAGAGCAUAACUGGUUUUGCAGUAAUUUUGCACUGGAGCUGCAAGGCUAACAUUUUCUGUAGGAAACAGCAGUGGGACACAUUCAUCAACAUGCACAGUUCACACCUAAACCAUAUGGGGAACUUGUUUCUUACUAUAUCCUUGUUUCUGUAAAGACAUGUAAAAGAUACUAAUUAUUUUAGUCACAUUUUCCACUUUUUUCCACCAUUUUAUGUAUUGCUGUCUUGUGUUUGUGUCUUCCUUCUCUUAUUUCUUUCAUAAUUGCUGUAUGUUACUACUCUAAACGCCUGUAUUUGUUUCAUUUUUUAAAUUUAUUGUAAAGCUCAUUGCAUUGGCACCUUUGUACAGCCUACACUAUGUACAUAAGGCAUGACUGAUUGACAUGUUUAUUGAUAGUGAAGUUGUACAGUGGGGAAGGCCAAAUCAGUCUUUACAAAAAUAACUAAAUGAAUGAAUGAACAUGAACAAGAAUAAAUACACUUCUUUGCAAGUGGUGUUGCUAAUCUACAUAAAGUCACAUCCAGUCUCUGAGAUCAUACAAAAUGCUAGGGUUUGAGAACAGUUCAUGAUUCAAGCUUGGUCACUAUGAAUUGUAAACUCACAUGAAUUGUGAGUUUAUUGCCAAAACAGCGUUACCCUGAUAUUAUACUGAUAUGUUUAUAUUUACAUGGCAAUUACAAGCAAUAAGGUUUGGAGCAGUGGUGUGAUGAUCUUGGCAUAUAAUUUGUUUUGGGGUUGGGACUUUUUGUUUUUUUGUCAGCAGUGUUAGCCUUGUAGUGCCAGUGCAGAUCUCCAGAUGUCAAGUCUGAACUCCAGACAUGUCUUGUUUGAUCAACCACAUUUGGGAUAAGUGGGAAAUAAAGUGAACUUGAUUUCAGUAGAGCUGUUUCUUUCAGGUUGACAGAGGGAAGGUGUUUGGUGAGGAGCCCUUUCAGAACGUUGAGCAGCCCCAUCCUAUUGUGUCGGUUUUCACAACAAGCAGUCAUGAGAAAUGUUUUUGGACUCACUUUCUUUUUACCAAUUAUGUUGGCUGCCAUACAGAGUUUCUAAAACUCUCAAGAUGGACAUAUGUACAGUUACAAAGCUACUCGUUUUUCAAAGCAGCAUUUAGAUACAGCGGUGUGUUUCCACAAAUAGAGAACACACCAGCUUAUAUAGGUAGAAAGCCUUACUUACUUUUCCACAGGAACUGAGUCUGUAACUUCUUGUUGUGCUAAAAAAAGGUAUGCCUGUAUGUAGUGCAUCUAAAUAUGGGGGGUUGCUAUGUAUUAUAUAAUUAAUGAGAAAGCUAAUGUAAAUGUUUAAAGCAGACUGAAUUUCCUAAUGUACUGAAUGUAGUAUUGAAACUGAAAUGAAAUGUUUUGAAGCUGUACAGCUGUACAGUGUUGGGACAGGACUGAGGAUUGCUUCUGAAUUGUUUACAGUAAUCUGUCUUGUUAAUGUUUCUAAUUAUUUGUUAUUCCAAGUAAAAGUGACCCAAAAGUAUUUGGUUCUGGCAUCAGUGAUUGAAUGCACAGAGAGGAGCUGCCUGAUGAAAACCAAUGCUCGAAAACUGCUAUCAGCAGCUCUCUUUGGAGGUGAUGUCUUAACUCCACAAAACUGAAUUUCUGAUUGAACAAUAACAUCUAAAUAAAAAUUGUGAAAUCAUAAUAAACAUUAAUUCUGU